AUGACUCUACCAUUAUCAAGAAUAGACUAUGUAGCUGUGGGUGUCACUUCUAGAGGCACGACAAAGAUAUUCUCUGCAACAGAGCACAGGCAAACUCAGAAAUUUGCUGUCGGUGAUCAUGAUGGAGUAUUACAUGUAUAUGGUAUGAAGAAAGGUGAGCUACAGAUGUCAUUCAAAUCUCUGCCUGGACCCAAGAUCACUAAACUGGCUUUAGGAGGUACAGCACGGGACAAGAUUUUCAUUGCCCUUGACAAUACCGUGAGGGGAUACACAAAAAAGGGAAAGCUGUUCUUAGAUUUUGAUACGAACCUCAUAGAUCCUGUCUCAGCAAUGUAUGUGCUUGGUCCAAACCUUGCAGCCUGUGCCAGGGAUCUUUAUCACAGAUACCAAGACUGCAAGGAUGCUGACUCUUACCUGGCUGGCGAAACCUUGUACGAUGUUCUCCUUUUGCCUGCUGAUAGUUCCACCAUUUAUGCACUUCUUGCUUGCGGAGACUGUGCUAUACGUGUCCUGUAUGGCACUAAGACUCCAGCAGUUCUGAGACUUCCAAGUGUGCCUACUGUACUCGCCUUGUACAGGGAAGGGGAUGUUGAGUCCAAAGAUCGUGUUCUACUUGGAACCAUGGAUGGCAGAAUAGGGUUACUCAUUCUUCAGGGUAAUAAGACUCUAAGGAUCACCUGGCUGUUGAACAUGACAGGCUCUGAAGUCACUUCUCUGGACACGUAUGAAUUACAAGAUGGCAUGGAUAUACUAAUUGGUCGGCAGGAUGGUACUGUUGAAGUAUAUACUUUCCCCGAUGAAGACACAUUACCAUCCCUUCGUUUUCGUCAUAAUGCCAGUGAAAGCAUCAGCUCAGUGGCAGGCGGAGUAAUUGGAGCCGCAGGAUACCCUGAGGUUCUGGUUACAACCUAUUCAGGACGAAUAUUUGGCUUGACCACCAGACCACCUGGACUUCUAGAAUCUGAUCAAAACGAGGGCAUAGCGAAACUGAAAGCAGAGAUCCAGCAGCUGCAGGAAAAGCUGAAUGAAGAAAAGGAAACAGCUAACUUUACCGUUGAUCCUUUAGCACCUUUAAUUUUGUCGGUGAAUCACAGAAUGGUUUUGAACAAGGAGGAUGCAUCGUAUUCACUUUCCAUAGAACUCGAUACUCCAAUUGAUAAUAUUUUGAUACAAUCAGAUACACCAAUAGCGUUGUUGGAUGUUGAAAGCAAUAGUGCAGUUGUGAGCCUUUCUGCAUGUAAUCCGAAGGAAGGUAAUUUUGUACUUGCCACGUACCGUUGUCAAGUAAACAUUAAUCACCUUGAAAUGAGAUUAAGAACUAUAGAAGGGCAGCCAGGUACUUUGCAAAUCUAUGUGACUUCACAGGUACAGCCAAAGUGCUGUCGUAGAAUAUCCAUACCCAUAAGUGCCCUUUCCCUUCACGUAAGACAAUAUGAAGAUGACAGCACAGAGUCUGUUUGUGGACCUUUCAACGAAUUGAAAGUGAUUGGAAGCUUCACCGUUGCUGAGAUGCAUGCUUGGCUCUCUUUGGUAUUACCUAACAUUCCUGAAAGGCCUCACUUGAAAGACGGUGAAGCAGUUUUAACAUACGUCUCAUCUUUUGUGGGUACAACCCUGAAAUGCACGUACAAGAAAGGAAACGCUGUUUUCCUGGGUGAAAAUAUAUCCAGCAUUUUAAUUCUAAGAGACAUUUUGACCAGGGAGGCAACGAAAAGGAAAAUCAAGCUAGAUGUGUUUUCUGAUACUUCAGAUGCCAGCAUAUCCAGGGUAUUGGAAUUGGUUUUGCCGCGAUUAAAUGCUGCCCAUGAGUUGAUUACGAAGGUGAAAAUUUUAAAUGUACUCGAGGAAUGGGAAUUGAAGGAGAAUCCAAAAGAAACACUGUGCUCGGAGUACCAAGAGUUGCUGCAAACGGAAACGGAAAUCAAAUCGCAAAUGACGAAGGAUAAUGCAAUUUUAGACAGGCUGCAUGCAGUUAUUACCGAUCUCUAUGUUGAUUGGGAGAGAGCAAAACGAGCCCGCAGACUCACUAGCAAAGAUGCUGCUGAGAAACUUAGCGCAGCGCUCGAAACGCGAGAAUUAGCUCAGCUUCUACAAGCUUUCAUUAAUACAAAUAGUACGGUGCCCGCACCAUCUUCCACCCCUUCGAUCACCUAAGACUGAGCUGUAGACAUUUAUUCUGGAGAAUGCAAUAAAAAUGGACCACACAGU